CUGCAGGACAUGCUUAACGUUUGUCCAUCCAUGUACUUCUACUAACGACCAGCAGGACUGGCACAUAGAUGCACAGAGACUGGCGUGCUGCUCCACUCAGUAGCUCUCUAUGACAGAAAUCAGAAUUCAGUAGGUUGGAUGAAAGUUGCAUGUUGAGCAGUUUAAGUGUUACUGCAUCUAGCUUUAGAGACGCGGUGUCUGUUUGAGGGCGAAUUUUUGUCAUUUGAUUUAUUUUCUUCGGUCUCCAACUGUCUUUUUUUGUGCAUGAGAGGCAUCUCCUUUUAGUUGAUUAGUUUGUUCAUCUUUUGACUUCUCAUCCCUCCAUCGCUCAGAGAUUGUUUUUUGACCUUUUGCACCAUGUGGGAGUUCAGAUCUAUGUCGUUCUGGCGGGCGGUGUUUGCCGAGUUCUAUGGCACCAUGUUCUUCGUAUUCUUUGGGCUGGGGGCAGCCCUCCGCUGGACCACCGGGCCGCUUAAUGUCCUCCAUGUUUCAUUUUGCUUUGGGCUGGCGGCUGCCACCCUCAUCCAGUCCAUUGGCCACAUCAGCGGAGGUCACAUUAACCCAGCCGUUACGUUUGCCUACCUGAUUGGCUCCCAGAUGUCCCUGUUCCGUGCCUUCUUCUACAUCAUAGCCCAGUGUCUCGGAGCAAUGGCUGGUGCUGCCGUGCUGUAUGGGGUCACACCCAGCAACAUGAGGGGAAACCUGGCACUCAACACGCUGCAGCCAGGCAUCAGUCUGGGCAUGGCCACCACCAUGGAAGUCUUCCUCACCCUGCAGCUUGUUGUCUGCAUCUUUGCUGUGACUGAUGAGAGGCGCAACGGACGUCUGGGCUCUGCUGCCCUCGCCAUCGGCUUCUCUGUGCUCAUGGGGCAUCUUCUCGGGAUGUACUACACUGGAGCAGGAAUGAACCCAGCAAGGUCCUUCGCCCCUGCUGUCCUGGUCAGGAAUUUUGUCAACCACUGGGUGUACUGGGUGGGUCCCAUGAUCGGUGGAGCCCUGGGUGCGCUGCUGUAUGACUUUAUGCUGUUCCCCCGUAUGCGAGGCCUCUCCGAGAGGCUCGCCACACUGAAGGGCAUCCGGCCCCCGGAGGCUGAGGGCCAGCAGGAGACCAGGGGAGAGCCCAUCGAGCUCAAGACACAAGCUCUAUAAGUCCUGAAUAGAAGAUUGGUUUUCUGACCCCUCCCCACACAUCCCUCACCCAUAACAUCUCACUCUGCACCCUCAGUUCCCGGUCCAUCCUCGGCCUGUUCAGCGUCUCUGCACACAUACCUCCUCAGCGUCUAUACAAAUGCUAACACGUAUACCGAACUCCUAAUUGUGCACCCACAACUGAAUUAUAUCCAAGGGGCACCCACAGCCCUGACCUUCUCGCCUGAUUUUGCAUCUACUCACCCUUCCUCCUCCCACCUCCACCUCCUCCCUUGGACUGCAGGACAAAAGAUGGAGGGUUAGAAGAAGACUUGCCUCUGAAGGAAGCACCCUGUGUCCUGCGGUGUGGGUCAGUCAGUCACUUCCUGGCUGUGACUGCUCAGGACAGGGUCUUCUCCCUCUAUCCUUCCCUUUCUCUCUCUUUUUUUCCUCUCUAUUUCGUAGUCUGCUAGGAGUGAAGCUACAGUAGAGCAGUGGACUUCUGCAUGCUUUUCCAUUUUGAUCCGAUGUGAUCUCGCCCAUCCUUUUUUUUUGUUUCAUGAACUUUGGGUAAAUUACAUGUACGUAUUGUAAUUUAAGAGUAUUUAUUUGGCUCACUUUUUUUCAGUUGUAUGUGCGUGUGUGUGUGCGAGCGAGAGAAACCCAGAGUGAGUGUGCAUGCAUGUCUGUGUGCAUGUGUAUGCUUGUGUGAAUGUUUUAAUGGAUCAUUUAUUUUUCACUUUUCAUUGCCACAAUACUUUGUUUGUAACAAGAUUAUCAUUAUUAUUAUUAUUAUUAUUAUUAUUACUAUUAUUAUAGAUUCAUCAUGCAAAAUAUUUGAGUGAAAGAUGUUUCAUUUUCCACAUCCACUGAUAUUGCAGGAGUUUAUUCCAGAUUAUUUUUAGAGAGAGAUCCCCUUUUCAUAUCAGAUGCAGAUAAUUCAUCUUAAAGCCAAAUUCAUUCAGUUUGUGUCUCAUCCAGUGAAGCACACACGUUCAUAAUUAUAUUAAAAUCUUUCCUGAGCUUAGCCUUUAAUGAAGGUACAUUUACAAAACUUGAAAGCUGUGACACAUAUCUUUGUAGGUGGGAAAUCAGGCUUUUACCAAGAUUGAGACGACUUAUCCAGUAUUUGUGUUGGGCUACAUUUUAAAAUUACCUUCUGACAGGAUUUGUCCUUGAAGCUUUCGAGAUUCAUGUACAGGUGUGUGAUAGUUGGUUUGCUUUUUACUUUUGCGUGUCUGCCAUGGAAGAAAACCAAGCGAGCAAAACCUGACAAGCUGUCAUGACGAACACGUGUUUUCCAGUUGAAUUGUGUUGUUUGACACAACCGAGGCGUCUCUGUUACAUCAAC